GUGCGGCGGUUGCCAUGGCGACGCGGCCUAGCCGCCAUGGCGGGGCCGAGCUGGCUGGAGCGGCUGCGCAGGGCCCGCAAGAGCGCGCUGCUGCAAGACGGGAAGAGGAAGGUCCAUUACCUGUUUGAGGACGGGCUGGAGAUGGCUGAGGAGUACGACCUGAAGACCAGCCAGCUGCUGGCUAGAAAGUGGCGAGAGAAGACUGCUCUGGGGAGCUCCAGCAAGUGGCAGGUUGAGGUGGGAGAGCCGACCAGCCACACUGCGGGAGCGCUGGAAUCCGAGCUCAUCAAGGAAAGCAGCUCCAAUCCCAUCUUCGUGAGGAGAGACACUCAGACCAGUUUCCAGUGGCGCAUCCGGAACCUGCCCUACCCCAAAGAGGUCUACAGUGUCUCCGUGGAGAAGGAGCAGCGCUGCUGUGUCGUCCGUACCACCAACAAGAAGUAUUACAAGAAGUUCCCCAUUCCUGACAUGGACAGAUACCAGCUUCCCCUGGACGCGGCUGCCCUGAGCUUCACUUACGCCAAUGCCACCCUCAUCAUCACGGCUCAGCCAGUGCUGGGGGCAGGGGAGGAUGUGCCAGCUCUGCAGGGAGACACCUCUGUGCGCAGACAAUAGGAGCUCAAGUACCGGAAGCCCCAGGAGAUCCUGGCUGCGGAGGAAGAGCUGCAGAAGGAGCUGCAGAAGAUCAAGGCCGCUAACGAUGGGGACGGGGAGUGCAAGACCCAGUAGGCGAUGGCUGCGGUGGGGGUUGGGGUUCUCCUGGCAGAACCGCGCACUAUUUAUUUUGCUUUUUUCUAGUAAAAUGAUUCCCACGGGGA